CGGUGUCGGCGGAGGGAGUCUGCGCGGUCUCGGCGGACUUCCGGGUUCCUGGUGCGGGAGGUCCGGGGCCGCGGAGAGGGGUGAGGUUCCGGGGAUGAAUUCCUUUGCUCGUUGGUGUUGGGGGACAGUGAGGCCCCUCUGGCCCCUGCUUAACACAGGAUGCCCUGGCUCUGCCGGGGCUCCUAGAUACAUCAGGACACACUCGAUCCCGUCUCCGAAAGUCGUUGAUCGCUGGAAUGAGAAACGGGUUAUGUUUGGCAUGUACGACAACAUUGGAAUUCUUGGCGAUUUCAAGGUGCACCCCCGGGCCCUGAUCCGGGGCCCGAGCUGGCUCCGGGGCUGGAAGGGGAACGAACUGCAGCGCUGCCUGCGGAAGCGGACGAUGGUGGGACCGCGCAUGUUCGAGCACGACAAGCACCUGCUGGACAAGCGCAUCAAAUACCUGCGGUGGGCGUUCAACCGCAUCGGGAAGAUGCGGUGAAUAAAAGGCGGUCCCCUUUC